GUACAGCAGAAGCUGGAAACCGCUCGAGGCAAGUUCUCCGAGAUCAGGAAAUCUCUGUCUGAGAAGUGGAAUAAGCUCAAGACCCUGAGCUCCCCUGAGAACUUUGCCAACCUGGGCAAAAAGACGCUGACCAAGAUGAAUCGGGUGAUUGUGAAUGUGGUGAACAAGUUGAAGAACAUCGGCCAGAAUGUGUUCAUGAAGCGUGGAAAGACCCCGGUUGACAAGACCAUCAGCACCAUGGCGGAGCGCCUCUCGGUCCUUGACACACAGUUGGAUAAGACUUGGAAUGACUUGGAGGCUGAGGUGGAAGGUGAAGCUGAUGAGGGUGUGAGUGUAGAUGAAGAGCCGGAAGCGCCGCAGGAGGACCUGGUUGUGGUGGAAGACGAGGAAACAGCAGAGAUUGAGACUGAGGCAGAGGAUGAGGGAGUGGACGUGGAGACAGCAGACGAGGAGGAAGAAGAGCAAGCUGAAGUGGCUGUGGAAGAGCAGCAGGAGGAUGUUCUCCCAUCUCCCUUGCCGCAGGAGGGAGGCGAAAAAGAUGGUGGCGAUGGAGGUGAUAAGAAGAAGCAGCCCGAGGAGAAGAGGAACAGAGAGAAGAAAAACAAAGCCAAAGAGAAGGAAGAAAAGAAAAGUCAAGAGAGGAAGCGUCACCGAUCAAGGCGAACCAGACUCAGUGAGAAGGAAGAGAAGAAGGAAAAGCGCGAAGCUGAGAAGAAGGAGAGCGAAGCGCAGAAGGAGCAGCAGCGACAACAGAGAGACGGCGAGCGGGCGAAGGCCAAGGGCCGGAGAGACGGCGACCGGGACCACAACGACGGGCACUACCACAGGGAUGGAAGGGAUAGGUCCUUGCAAGACCACCAUGACGACCACAGAUACUACAAGGGCCAGUAUAAUAAGUACGACAAGAAGUAUAGGGAUGAUGAUGACGAUGAUGAUGAUGACGACGACGACGACGACGACGAUGAUGAUGACGACGACGAUGAUUACAGACACAAAAGGAGGCAUUACAGGAAGAAAAGAUAUGACGACGACGAUGAUGAUGAUGAUGAUGAUGACGACGACGACGAUGAUGACAGAUACAAGAGGAGACGAGGCAAGCACGAUGAUGAUGACGAUGAUGAUGACAGGAAGAGGAAAGGGCUGAUGAGACACUGGCAGAAGCCGGCCAAGAAGAACUACCGCAGGGAAGUCACAGGGCCAAAGAAAGAAUUUAUUCGACGACGGGGUAAGAACCACACUAAGCAGCACAACCUGGAGUGGUUGGAUAAAAGGGCGCAGGGGCGUGCGAGCCGGCGGAGAGAGGGUCAGAAGGCCGACUGGUUGUUUGAGCGCGCGCGGGACCGAAACACAUUGCGCGAAAAAGAGCUCAAGUCUGAAUGGCAGUUUGAUAGAGCCCGCGGCCGGAGGGAGGUCCGAGGCGAGGCCCGCGCGGAGGAGGCGGCCCGGGCCAGAGGGCGCGGCAAUGGGGGGCGGGAGCGCUAUGAGAAGCACUUCAACUAUAGGCGGUACGUUAGGUUCGAUGACGAUGACGACGACGACGACGAUGAGGAGAGAUACCAGUACCACUUCCAUGAGGCGAGACGGGGGAGGGAGCGGGGCGGGCAGCGCGAGCACUACCGCCGGGGCAAGGGGCAGCGGGAGUGGAUAAUUCCUAACUUCCACGCCGCCGGGAAGCACUACUGAGCAUGCUCGUCACCCUCAUAGAGUCGUAGUGUCCCCUUCGUGUGGAUUAGUCCGGAAAUUAUAGUAAUAAGGAUAUUGGUAAAUGAAAAAGGAAAAUGUUAGAGGUAGUGGGAGUUCUUUCUUCUAAUGGGUUCCUCUGAGGCUAGGCCUUUGUAGCAUUAGUCGAGCCCGACUCUUGCCCCUUCACUCAUAUCCGUCUUUUUCACCUUCCGUUUUCUCUUUUUUUUCCUUUGGAAACCUUGUUGCUUCGUAGUAUUCAAGGGAAAUAGUUAUGUCAGUAUUGUUUUAAGAUUUUUUUCGUCUGGUUACACGGAUUGAUUUACUGAUUUUGAUUAAUGAGGUUAAGUUCAGCCUUUGACGGACUCCCUACGUCCGCACUUCCUUUUAAAGUCUUUGUCUGUAGUGCAGCCAUUGUAGAUAUAUACUCAAUCCUUGUAAAGUUUUUCUAUCAUUUAUUGUUUUCUCAAGUUUGGAGUCGUAAAAUGAAGCCUACGUCUUUUGAAUGAAGAAUAAAACUGUUUUGUACUUUAGUUUUUGCCAUCUAAAACCGUUAAGGCAGAUGCUAUUUCUAUUUUUGAAAAGUUCAUUUCGAGGUAGGUUUUUCAUUGACUCAGAUUUUAAGGCUCCUGAAAUUCCGUGGGUGGAAGCUGCAUUUUGGUAGAUUUUAUGCAAAUACCAGUGACCUGACAAUUUUUCCUUCAGCUCUUCACAUUUUUUUUCUCCUAAAGUCUUAAUCACGAUAUCCUGAUCACCUUUUUGUGUCCUGUUUACAAUGUUCCUUUUUUUUCUUUCUCUUCUCUAAACUUCCUUAUUUCCAUUCCAGAUGACUAAGCCUCGAUGCUCUUUCAUUGUUAGUUGUACACUAUUGGAAGGAACAAAAUUCCCGAGAAGAAAGGUGCGUUACACUUGACAGUGUGUAGAUAACCCCGUCUGAUCUGGGCUCUUAGACAAAAAAUAAAAACAUUUCGUUAUCAUGCGUAUUAACAAUAAUAGUAAUGAAGAUCCUUGAGGAAUUUGAAAUUUGUAUAUUAACCUCUAGAAGGAUUGUUUUAGUAUUGCUCUCCAGAGCUAGUUUAUAGACCGGAAGGGUUUCCAAGUGCAAAAGCCAAGGCUAGUAUUUUGGCCCAUAGUUCACAGUAUGUAGUGGGUAGAGUAGUAGCCAGUCUGAGCUGAGUGUAUUUUUUCAAGACAAUUUUACAAUGGAGUUUAUUCUUUACAGCAUGAGACUAGACAGGAAGUUAGCUCAGAAUAGUGCUAAAUGCCUUCACUGCGCAUCAACUGGUAAACCUGCCUGUAUAUUUCAGCCACUGCACAAAGUAGCACUGCAGCAGAUGUCCUCGCAUAUAUAGUUUCUUUGUAUCUUUUCCGAUCUAGCUUUUUAAAAUCGUCACUUGGAUUGUCGAAAUAAAUAUUAUUUUUUGUUUAAUAACUGACCGAGCUCCGGAGCGGCUCGCGAGUGUAAUCUAACCCGCAUGGUUUUCUUUCCUUCCUUGUUUCCUCUCGCGUCAUGCGACUCAGAAACGUCUGUCCUUCCUUCUCCUCGAGAGGCUCUCUCGUCAGCCUUGCAGCUCACCGGGUUUGAUCUUUAUAGAAGUGUUGUGUCCUAAACCUUGAUGGUUCCUUCAAGGUACAGUGAACGCCAUGUUAAAUUACAGGAUAAAAUUAUGCUUUAAUGUCAUAUGUGAUAGCCAUUUGUAUAUAUUAAGAAGAAAAAAAAACGAGGUUUGUAAAAGACUUCAUUUAAAAGCGGUUGAUGGUGUCCUUUUUGAGUUAUGUAAGAAAAAUAUAGAUAUAUAUAUUUAAAGAUUUUUUUUUAAGCUUGGACUUCCCAGUCACCAAAAUAUAGUCUAUCAUUAGUCUAUCAUUGGAAAUUUAUGUCUUUGAUUCAUUGUAUGUAAUUCAUAUGAUAAAUACAAUUGAUGAUGUUAUAAUUGUUUGACUACCAGAUGCCUUACUUUUUAUCUUUUAAUAUCACUUUAAAUAUCACUUGUUUCCCAUUUAUCUCGUGUGCUAGUCUUGUCAUCCGUGAAACUUAUAUUAUUGGAUAUGUCAAUAAACCCUACCAAUACA